UUGGUAGCAUUGGUAGGUGUAACUUCAAGUUUAGUUGAUUCUAUAUUUAUUUUCCCUAUUUUUAAACAGUAGUUGAAUAAGGUCAGAUAAUAGUUUUUAUUUAAAUAAUACAAUGUCAAAACAGAAUGAUAGGGCCCCAAAUUAUCAAACUUAUAAACUAGUCAUUGUCGGGGGAGGUGGAGUUGGAAAAUCUGCAAUAACUUUACAGUUUAUUCAGGGUUACUUCAUAACAGACUAUGAUCCGACAAUAGAAGACUCUUAUACAAAACAAUGUGUUAUAGACGAUAUACCAGCCAAAUUGGACAUCCUGGACACAGCAGGGCAGGAAGAGUUCAGCGCCAUGAGAGAGCAGUACAUGCGAUCAGGUGAGGGUUUCCUGUUGGUGUUCUCCGUGACGGAGAGGUCCAGUUUCGAGGAGAUCUACAAGUUCCACAAACAGAUAUUGCGGGUGAAGGACAGAGACGAGUUCCCGAUGCUCAUGGUCGGGAAUAAGGUGGAUCUGGAUACUCAAAGAGUGGUGUGGCAGGAGGAAGCCCAACAGUUGGCCCGCCACUUGAAAAUACCGUACAUUGAGUGCAGUGCCAAAAGGAAGAUGAACGUGGACAACGCGUUCUUCGAACUAGUCAGGGUCGUCAGGAAGUUCCAGCUUUCGGAACGACCCCCAAUGAAGCCAAAUUACUUGAAGAGGAACAAGAAAAAGUGCUGCGUGCUUUAAUUGUAUGUAUUCAGCUACUUCCACCCCGUUCACGUCACGAUGAUACAUCACUAGCCGAUUAUUUUUUUUAUAUAUAUAUUAGUAAUUCCAUAUUCAAUACUCACACGCUCUGCGUAUCAGAAAAUAUAUCUUAGACUCCUCAAAAAGAAAAAACAUACCUCAGCCUUGACCUCAGCUUAGUGGAUCAUUUGCAGAUUCGCCGAGUUCUGUGCUACUCAAAUACUUACCUUAUAUGAGGCCUUUAUUAUAUUUUAACAUUUAAACAAAACAGCAUUUACUUUAUGGCUAAAUUAAUCAAUUUACUUAAAAAAGCAAUAUGAAUUUGACAAACCUUUGGCCUGGUAAUAAAAAAGUUGUUUCUCCAACAUGCAAACUAAUAGUUUUCCAUAUCAAUAGUUACUUUUGACAAUAAAUGUUGGCGAAACUAAUUCGAUAAUUUAGGUAUAUUUUAUGAUAUAAUGAAAGACAGCUAUUUUAAAUUGUAAUGUGCAGUUUCUUCAAACUUCUACACACUCGUCUUGUAUGUUGUGCUGUUAUUUUAGAAUAACUCAUUUUUUAUAUAUUAAACCAGGAAAUCAUCGUUUCUCUUUGAAAGAAAAACCCUGAUUGGCUUAUUUUUUUUAUUAAUUAAUAAAUUGUGUAAUAAAGAAGUCAAGGUGUUCAGAUUAUUCAUGUAUAUACCCAAACACAACUAACUAUCUAGGCGUAUAAAUUUUAAAUUCUGGAAGACUUUGGCUAUUUUCGUAUGCCAUAUGUAUGUAAAGAUAUGCUUAGCACAAAAACACAACAAGCAUCAGUAUAUUGUAAUAGAAUUAAUGUUAGCACAGUGCAUUUUGCUAAAUACUGAUUAGUGAACUGCGCUGUGCAUUCUGUGUUAAUGAGUGGUGGCAACGACGAAAUUAAAUUUAAAUCUUGUUACAAGUGGAUGAGAAGUGCAUUCCGAUUAUUGGGGAAGUUGAGGCCUGUUUUGUGUAUUUUCUGCCAGCAAGCAACUGACCAAUAUAGUUAUUGCUGUACUUAUUUAACACAGAAACAAGUUUAUGAAAGUGUGUAUAUAAAAAUAUCCAUCUAAAGAGUGAAAAACACCAAUUUUAUUUUUAUAUAAAUUAUAUUUUUCUAGACUAUAAAUUUAGCUAUGUUAUUACAGCUAUUAUUAAUUUGCAUAUUUGUCUAAAUAUGCAUUUAAUAAUGUUAGUAUUGUUCAUUUUUCUAGAUCUCCUAGUCCGUGCAAGAUCUAUUUCAGUAAUGAAAUAGUGGCGGAAUGUAUAAUUUCUUUUAAAUUCAUCUCAAAUUUGCAGUCUUAAUAAUUUCGCUAUUUUCAUGCAUAGUAUUAAUUACACAUAUAAAGUUAUCAAAUGAAUUUAAAUGAAAUUAUAAUUUUACACUGCCAUUUUAAGUAGGCAGUAGGUCAACAAGCAACAUGAAGAGUGUAAUUUGUCAAUUAAUCUAUAAUAUCAUUGUUAAUUUAAUAUAUCUAUUGGAAAACAACUCAUUUUAAGGUAAACGUGAAAGUAUAUUUUGUUUAAGCAACAAAUUUAUUAUCCCCAAAAACUUGUGAAGCUGAUGAUACUUCUCUAUUUUAUAAAUCACUAUAAAAAUAACCAAUUUCUUUUCUCUUUAACAUUUACUUAGAAUUACCAGGAACGUCGUUGGAGAAGAAAUAUUGAACAAUUCUCAAAAGUAAUUAUCAAGUGAAAAAAAUAAGUAUUUGAUAUAUCAAUUAUUGUACAAUUCUUAUGAAAAUUCUUGCCUCUUGUCUAAGCUUAGUUUAAUUUUUGAUUAAAAUGAGUUUUUUCCUAUAAAUUUAAAGUGACUAUAUUGUAUCUAAUGUUUAAAAAUGUGUUAUUAAUUGCUUUAAUAUGUUAAAAAUGAUCUUAUACUAGUUAUAAAAUUUUGACGUAGAUUAAAAUUUAGAAUUGCAAUUUAAAAUCAACUGGUUCAUUGAAUUACUUUUCACGUAAUUAAAAAUAUUGUUGAAAUCUCAAUUCUAAGUUUGUUUCAUGCAACUAAUUUUAUUUAUUUAUUUUUUAAUAAUGUAAUAGAUGGUAGCUAAUUAUUGAUACUGCAGUCCCAUUUUACCAUGAACGCACAUAUUUUGUUGAAGAAGAAAUAUUGCCUGGUGCUAUUUUAUCUACUCAAACACAUUUUUUUUAUUUACACAAAUGUUUGUUUUAGAUAACAGUUUAUUAACGAUAUAAUAAAUGUUUAAUGUAUUA